GAAUUCGAUGAGACACCAUCUGCUCCUACAACGAAUUCAUUUAUGCCGAUCAAGGAUGCGAUAAUUGAAGCAUCAAAAUACAGGACGGGAGAUGAAACCAAAAAGAUGACAGCCAGAUCGAUCUUCAGACUGGUCAACUAUGCCUGUUUCCUUGUACUGGUCACAUACGUGGCACUGAUCCAGAGUUCUGUGCAGACGUACUAUUUCACCAAUAUACUGAGUAACCUAUUCGUAACAUCAAAAACUUCACCAUCAAGAAAAGCUUUUGUGGAUAUCGGCACGAUGGAUGACAUUUGGGGUUUCCUGGAGGUGGAAUUUCUAACGAGCCUCUACGACAGCGAUGGCCCUUUUACUGUUGGUGAAGAAGCAAUGGUUUACUACAACAACAAGCUACUUGGGAGGCCUCGUAUAAGAAUGCUGAAGGUCACAAACAAUUCGUGCACGGUAAUCAGUAGCUUCUCACGUGAAAUAACCGAAUGCUUCAGUAACUUCAGCCCGGCUGCUGAGGACAGGCAAACAUUUGGACCAGGAAAUUCAGAAGCGUAG